AUGAAGUUCCAAACUCUUGCCUCUGUCCUCUCCUCCACAGCCGCCCUCUUCACCCACGCAGCCACCGCCCAAAAGACCGUCUGCGCCGGCAGCACCGGCGACUGGUUCUCCAUGGCCGUCUACCCCCAGAUCCACAACGCCACCUACGACUCGACCUUUGACAUGGACUACUACAGCCAGCAGCAGAUGCCCCUGGUCUACUCCCUCUUCAAGCCCUUUGGCAUGGCGGGCUACACCAUCACCACCUUUGGCCGGGACGCCCCCUACAGCACGCUUACGCUCAUGUACUUUGCUACGGCGGAGCAGUUUGAGGAGGCGUUUGCUGCGCAUGGGGAGGAGAUUUAUGCAAAGGUGCCGCUGUUCAGCAGCGAGGUUCCGCCUCACUAUGUCGGCCAGGUCUACAACAUUACCGUUUAA